CAAGAGAUUAGCUCCUCAGAUUAAAGUGUCCACCUUCAAAACCUGCCUAAUCCUGCCAUCUGUCAGAGAGCAGCUAACCAGCCAAGACUGUCUCCACUUGGCUAAUUUAAGAGCCAGGAGCUAGAACCUAGAGGGGUAAAAAACAUCUUCGACACACAGACACUGUUCUGUCUGGUACUGGUCAAGGCAGAGUGACAAUGGAAGAGACAUAUCUUUUGAACCAUCCAGGAGUCAGGAAGAAGAUUCUGGCUGGAGGGACAGGACCGCUGCCACACUUUCCAAGUGGAACAAAGCUGGUUUUCCAUUUCCAGACGCUGUUGGACAACUUUGAACGAACAGUCAUUGAUGACAGUAGACUGGCUGGCAGGCCAGCUGAGAUCUUUGUUGGAAAGAUGUUCAAGAUGGAAGUCUGGGAGACGCUGCUGAUGUCCAUGAGGAUUGGAGAGGUGGCUGAAUUCUGGUGUGACGCCAUUCACACAGGCUUGUACCCCAUCGUGUCCAAGGGAAUGAGGCUUAUCGCUCAAGGGAAAGACCCCCUAGAGGGCCAGAGGCACAUGUGUGGCAUGGGAAACAUGUUUCACUAUCACUCCACCGGUUUCCCAGAGCUGGAUGAGCUAAUGAGAACUCCUCAACCACUUAUAUUUAUCAUGGAGCUGUUGCAGGUGGGAGACCCCAUGUCCUACCACAGAGAGUCGUGGAUGAUGGAAAAGGAUGAGAAGCUGCAGACUGUGCCAACUCUCCACAUGCAGGGCAAUGCGCUGGUCAAGCAGAGACAAUUCAAAGAGGCUGCCAGCAAGUACAAAGAGGCCGUCCUGCUGCUGAAAACAGUCCAGUCCAAAGAGAUGCCAGGUGAUAUAGACUACAUUAAUCUGGGUCGAAUGAUCGUCCCCCUGGAGCUGAACUACUGCCAGUGCAUGUUGGAGCUGGAGGAGUAUUAUGAAGUCAUAGAGCACACCAAUGAACUGCUUGAGAAACACAAAGACUGUGUGAAGGGCUACUACAAGAGAGCCAAGGCUCACGCUGCCGUGUGGAAUGAAAAGGAAGCACGGAGAGACUUCAACAUGGUGGCCCAUUUGGAUGUCACUCUGGCCUCUCUUGUCAGUCGAGAGCUGAGGGCCUUGUCAGACCGCAUGAGGGAGAAGUAUUGGGAGGAGAAGGAGAAGUAUUGGAACAUGCUGGAGAAAAAGGAUAAUAAAAAUGAAGAAGAAGAUAAAACAGAGGGGAAGGACUGGCAGCAGAUGUUACGAUUGGUCAUGUUGCUGCAGAACGAAGGAAACUUCCUCAUCAAGGAAAAGCACUUUGAAGAUGCUUCAGAAAAGUUCAAGGAGGCCGUAGAAUAUGUGGACGUCCUUCAGAAUAUGGUGGACCAAAAGGCAGACGACUGGGAGUCUCUGGAGAAAGUGCGUCUUCCGCUUACUCUCAACCUGUGCCAGUGCAUGCUGGAGCUCAAACAAUACCAGCAAGUGGUGGAGCUUAACAACAAGCUGCUGAAGAAGCAUAAAGGUAACUUUAAAGCGGUGUACCAGCGGGCACGAGCACACGCCGCUUUGUGCAAUGUGGAUGAAGCUCGGAGGGACUUUGACACGGUGGAGAAACUGGACCCAAAGUUCAAACCCUUUGUUCGGCAGGAACUGAAAAAGCUGGGUGAGACCAUGCGCUCCAUGCAUGCCCGCCAAAAUAAGACUUACUGGGAUACGAUGCAGGAGAAGGAUCUUUAG